AAUCGACAAUUGGACAACAUACAAAAUUUUUUAAAAAAUAAAUAAUUAAGUUCAAGGUCAUGUAGUCUUUUUAAAAUAAUACUCCAAAAUUUAUAAUUAAAAGAAAAAGAUUAUUCUCAGUGCCAUCACACAAUAAAAUAUGGUGUCAUAUUUUUUUUAAAUGAAAAAAACGAACAAGCUCCAUGUGAAUAAAUAAAAUUAACCUCGAAUUAUUAUAUUUUUUAUUUUGAAUUAUUUCAUCAUACAAUUGUUGUUAAAAAAAUUAACAACAAUGAGUGGUAUACGUUAUGUGACAAGCCGUUUUGGUAUUGGACAAUCAAGAAAUUUAUUAUCAAAAAAUUGGCAUAAAAAUUGUGAAUUAAUACGUAACAAUGACAUAAACAGAAUAUUUUAUAAUUUAUAUUCCAAAACAAUAAAUGUAAAUAAUAGAAUAGAAGAUAAUGAAUUAAUAAAUAAUAUUGAAUUACCAGAUGGUAUUAAUUUACCAAAUGAUUCAACAAUAAAUAAAGUAGCAAGUAUUGCUGAUAAAACAAAAAAACGUACAUUACCAAAUGGACCAGAUUUAGCUGAUUUUAUAUUAUUAAAUUCACAAGCAACAAAAGAAAAAAAUUCAAUAUCUUAUCAUCGUUAUCGUAAACAUCCAUAUUUACGUGAUAGUUAUGGUCCAAAUCAAAAUGUUUAUUUUGAUGUUUAUGGUUGUCAAAUGAAUGUUAAUGAUACUGAAGUUGUAUGGUCUGUAUUAAAAAAACAUGGUUACAAUAGAACAAUGGACAUUGAAGAAGCUGAUAUAAUAUUAAUAGUAACAUGUGCUAUUAGAGAAGGAGCUGAACAAAAAGUAUGGGGACGUCUUGAUUCAUUAACAUCAUUAAAAAAAAAAAGACAUCAAAUGGUUAGUAAAUUACCACUUAGAAUUGGUGUACUUGGUUGUAUGGCAGAAAGAUUAAAAGAAAAAAUACUUGAUAAAAAAAAAAUGGUUGAUAUUGUUGCUGGACCAGAUAGUUAUCGUGAUUUACCAAGAUUAUUAUCAAUAACUGAAACACAUGAUACAGCUAUUAAUGUUGCAUUAUCAUUUGAUGAAACUUAUGCUGAUAUAACACCAGUUAGAUUAAAUCCAGAUUCAUUAUCUGCAUUUGUAACAAUUAUGAGAGGAUGUGAUAAUAUGUGUACAUAUUGUAUUGUACCAUUUGUACGUGGAAGAGAGCGAUCAAGACCAGCUGAAAGUAUUAUUGAUGAAGUUAGAAAAUUAUCAGAUGAAGGUGUUAAAGAAGUAACAUUACUUGGACAAAAUGUCAAUAGUUAUAGAGAUUUAACAAAGUCAGAUAAUUAUCAAGAACAAAAUAAUUUAACAAAAUUAGCAAAAGGUUUUAAAACAGUGUAUAAACCAAAAAUUGGUGGUAUUAGAUUUAGUGAUUUACUUGAUAAAGUAUCACUUGUUAAUCCAGAAAUGAGAAUAAGGUUUACAUCACCACAUCCAAAAGAUUUUCCUGAUGAAGUUUUACAAUUAAUAUCAGAACGUCCAAAUAUAUGUAAACAAUUACAUUUACCAGCUCAAAGUGGAAAUUCAGCAGUACUUGAAAGAAUGAGACGUGGUUAUACACGUGAAUCAUAUAUUGAAUUAGUAAAUCAUAUACGUGAUAUAAUACCAACAAUAAAAUUAUCAAGUGAUUUUAUUGCUGGUUUUUGUGGUGAAACAGAAAGUGAAUUUAUUGAUACGCUAACAUUAAUGGAAACUGUACAAUAUAAUAAUGCAUUUUUAUUUGCAUAUAGUUUACGUGAAAAAACAACUGCACACAGACGUUUAAAUGACAAUGUAACACAGGCUGUUAAAAAUGAUAGAUUACAAAGAAUGAUAUCAUUAUUUAGAGGUCAUGCAGAAAAAUUAAAUAGAAUGCAAGUUGGUACACAACAAUUGGUACUUAUUGAAGGCAAAAGUAGAAGAUCAAACGAAACUUUAUCAGGGCGUACUGAUGGUAACACAAGAGUUUUAAUACCAAAUCCAGCAAUACCAAGUAAUGUUAAAUCAGAUACCAUGAGAGAUAUCAAACCUGGUGAUUAUAUUGUUGCACAAAUUUGUGGUUCUAAUUCAAAUUCAUUAACUGGUAUUCCACUGUAUCAUUCGACAAUAUCAGACUAUCAAUUGAGAAGUGAAAAUAAUAAUAGCCAAUACAUGAGGCGGUUAUAAAUUGAAUGAAUUAAUUUUAAAAUAAACAUGUAUAAUAAUUUGCAAAAAUUAGAUUUUAAAUAAAAUUAAACUGUGUUAAUAAAUAAA